AUGUCAUCCACAUCACCAUCGACGAAGGAUUCUUCGAUCCAGGAAUCUGCCACUUUACGCGACACUCAAGUCGGAGGGAGGGAGAAGGGAAAUGGGAACGGAAACACAGCGCUGAAUACUAUUCUGAUUGGCAUCUCGGGUCCGUCGAGCAGUGGGAAAACGACGCUGGCGAGGCUGUUGCGGACGAUCUUUGACUUUGAGGUCACGGUCACGAUCCCGGUCACUAUUCAAGAGAAGACGGAGUGCCGGACGGAGAAGUGGAAGCUCACGCUGUUCGUGCUGCAUGAGGAUGAUUUCUACAAGACGGAUCAAGACGUCCCAAUCCGACAAGUAACCUCGCCUGAACACGGCACCCGCGACCUCCAAGACUGGGACUGCGUCGAGUCGCUCGACCUCCCCCUUCUGGAGAACACAUUCCGCCACGUGCGCGACCACGGCACGCUGCCGCCCGAGCUGGCGAGCAAAGAGGAUCAAAACGCCAUCGGGCCCAGCGCGAUCAGCGACGCCGACGUCCAGAACGUCAAAGAACAGGUGAAGACGUGGUUUGAGAAAAUCGUUCAAGACCAUCUUGCUGCCGCUGCUCGGACGACGAACCCUCCAUCACAAGAUCCCGACACGAGCCAUCCAGGUUUGGGACUAGACAGAAGCCGCGAGAUCCGCAUCUGCGUCCUCGAUGGGUUUCUGUUAUACCCGGCGCCUCCUGAAUCGACAUCAACAACAACAGAUCUCACCUCUUCUGCUGCUGCUGCUGCUGCUGCUGCUGCUUCCUCCUCUUCACGUUCGCCACAAUCCGGCUCACGCUUGUCUCCUCCACCACCAUCGACAUCAUCCUCCCUGCUCACCCAUCUUCACGAAAUCUCCCUCAGCCUUCUCGACCGCCGGCUCUUCCUCCCCGUGACGCGCGACCAGAUGCUGACCCGCCGCCAGGCGCGCAUGGGCUACGUCACGCUCGAAGGCUUCUGGGUUGAUCCGCCGGGCUAUGUCGAGGACGUGGUGUGGCCGAACUAUGCGCGCGACCAUGCCUGGAUGUUUGUGGACGGGGAUGUCGACGGUGCUGGGGUCAUCGACCAGGAGAAGUGCAAGAGACAUGGAGUCGACGUGUGUCCCGGUCGAGGAAGUAUGGGGUUGCGCGACGUGUUGGAUUGGGCUGUGGAGAGGGUGGAGGAGACCGUCGUGCAGAAGUUGAAAUGA